AUGACCUCGACAGCCACCAUCAAGGCCUUUCCUCUCCCUCCGGCCUUCACCGCGGCGGACCUCUAUUCCAUCGAUGAGCAUGCGGACGACGGCGCAGGUGCGGCAUGUAGCAAGGAGCAGGUCCCACGGGUGAAUCGAACGACGAGGGCGGCGAGCCAGUCGUCAGCGUAUCCAGCAUAUCCAGGCCAGCAGAGUGCACCAUCGAGGUUCCAGAAUGGCCCUCCGGAGGCCUUUCACGCGGCAUUGAAGCGGCCUCAGAAGCUGGCCGGCACUUCUUCCGCAAACAACAACAACAACCAGCACAACAACAACAACAACAACAGGACCAACGUCAAUAAUGGCGGCCGCGGCGGUGGUGGUGCUGCCGCUGCUCGUACUGGAAACAGCAGUCCCACGAACUCCGUGUUCAGGCCACCGCCUCCUCUGGCUCAAGAAGGAAUCACGGGUCCGAGGAAGCGGGCAGCUUCGGUGGGCAACAGGAUGCACCUCAGCACCCUCGAGACGAGCAGCUGGGUGCGCGAAAGCGUCUACCUGUCGUCGCCGAUUCGGUCGGCCUUCAAGCAUGGGCCUGAUCGGCGGCCCGACGAGCUCUUCGGUCUCCUGCCGGGCGAGGUGCUCGACUUGGUGCUCCGGUCGUUGAAGGGGUUACACCUGGACAAGAACAGUGACAGCUGUGCGACGUGCAUGAUGCGAGAUUUGUGCAGCGCCGCUCUGUGCAGCCGGAGGUGGUAUAAGCACGCUCGUGUAGUCUUAUACGAAGACAUACAGCUCGUCGGCUCAGACUCGGCCGCUCACAAGAAGAGAUUCAAGCAGAACCAGGGCAACCGCAUGGCCCUGCUCCGACGCACCCUCCGCAGCAACCCCGACAUCGCCGCCCUGGUCCGCUCGCUCAAGGUUCCGCACCCUGAGCCGCCGCCCAACUGGUCCGCCUCCAAGGGCAUGCUGUGGCUGGAGCAGUACGAGGACCGGGUGGCGGCGCUCGUCAUGGCGUGUCCGAAGCUGGAGAGGCUGUCGGGCCCGACGCCGAGCUACGACCACUCGUUCAAGAAGAUCUUCCAUGCGCUGUCGACGAGGACGGCGCUCAAGGACAUGACGUGGAUCCUGGAACCACCAGCGCCCAACGCGCCUCAGGGGCAGCGGAUGGACAACUCGCCGUCGAAGCAACGGGGCCAGAGCGGCGGCCCUGCUAUGCUGGAGCCGGCGCAAGGAGACGCUUUCCUGAGCAGCCACCGCAACUGGACAUCGCUCACCAAGCUCUCGAUACUCUGCCAACCCGGCGCCACGCUUGCUCCUCACCGGCUCCUCUCCAAGACACUGACGUACCUCCCCUCGCUGCAGCACCUCCACCUCUGCAACCUCCCGCCCAACGCCUUCAACGACAACAACCUCCUCUCCCUGCCGCCGCUCAAGUCCCUCAUCCUCUCGCGCAUCGUCGGCAUCACGUCCAGCGGCCUCACCUCCUUCGCCACCCGCGCCAACACCUCGCGCCUCGAGCGCCUCGAGCUCCGCCACACGCCCCUGACGUCUCUGCCGGCGCUCGCCCGCAUCUUCUCCCACCUCCCCUCGCUCCGCGUCUUCGCCCUCGCGCAGUCCUUCCCCCCCGUCAUGCCCGAGACGGACUCGUUCGCGCUCUGGAUGAUGCCCUACCUCGCCUCGGCAUCCAUCGUCAAGCUGCACUGGGACAUCACCAGCCACCCGGCCACGACCAACUCCGCCGACGACAUCCUCGCCCGCAGCAUCGAGGCCGGCGGCUUCCCUGCCCUCACGAUCCUCCGAACCCCCAACGACCCCGAGGCUCGCUUCCAAGCGCUCUGCCGCCCCGUCCACCACAUCUGCCUCCCCACCGACCGCUUCUACCGCCACAACACCCUCAUCGGCGGCAGCAUCCCGGCAUCAGGCUCCUUCAGCGCGCCCUCGUCCCCCGUCUCGCCCAUCCACAAGUCCGCCACGACAAUGUCCCUCCCGGCAACCAUCUACGCGCCUUCAUCCUCAGGCACAGACCUCCACAAGGCCCGCCUCGCCGCCCAGGCCCGCCUCGAGGCCGCCCACGACGUCCCCCGAUUCACCUUUAGCCUCACCGACGACGACAGCCAGGUCGCCCAGACCAUCGGCGUGGCCGGCUUCCUCGGCACGCUAGGCAGCAAAAUCACCUACCACUUGCUUCCGGACGAGGGGGCCACGGACGAGCAGGGCGGCCUCGUCGACGUGCUUGACCUCGUGGCCGACGGCGGAGAGGCCCUCGCCGGCGGCAGAGAAGGAUGCACGGGGCGCUGGAACCAGAAGGAGGGCGAGGUCGCUGACAAGAAAGAGAAGGAGAAGUGGUGGCAUACCGAAAGGGGGAGAUGGCGUCGGCUGGAAGCGUAA